AUGCUCUUCAACAAACUCGCUUUCGUGUUCACGGCUCUGAUUGCUAUCCCGAUCGCUAUGGGACGAGUUUACAACAUGUCGGCUCCUACCACGCUUCAAGUAGGAAAGGAAUUUACGGCGGUACUGUAUACCGAAGGAUAUAUCACCAACUGGGAAGAAUUCGGCGUGGUCUGGGGUCUCAAGAAUAAAGCUUUCGACUGUACUAUGUGUGAAGGUAGUGUGAUCGGGUACGAUAGUCUAUAUAAAUCCACUCCUGGCAAUGACGGCAACGCUACCUAUUCCGUAACCGUCCCGAAUGAAUUCUCUGGAGAUUUCGAUCUAGUGGCCGGUAUCACUUAUCUCACCGGGGCUUCGGGAGAACUCAGUGUUGUAUUCUUCUCUCAGCCAGUGACAGUUGAAUGA